AGAUGAGCAAAAAAGUAUGCAGCUUUCAAGGUUCAUUUCAAGCAAUUUGCUUGUGGGACUCUGAGAGAUGCUGCUGCCCAUGACGUGUUGGAAUUAUCAUGAUCAACUAUCCAGUUUGGAUUUCACCCAGUGGCCAAGAGCUUUGCAUGGUAGACAGCAAGGGUUGGAUUUUUAAAAAGAGUAAACCAGGCUCGUGACCAAGGUGUAGACCAAGAGGCAGAGUCAUGCUUCACACGGCCAUAUCAUGUUGGCAGCCAUUCCUGGGUCUGGCUGUGGUGUUAAUCUUCAUGGGAUCCACCAUUGGCUGCCCUGCUCGCUGCGAGUGCUCUGCCCAGAACAAAUCUGUUAGUUGCCACAGAAGGCGGUUGAUUGCCAUCCCAGAGGGCAUUCCUAUUGAGACCAAAAUUUUGGACCUCAGCAAGAAUAGACUGAAAAGCGUCAAUCCUGAAGAAUUCAUAUCAUAUCCUCUGCUGGAGGAGAUAGAUUUGAGUGACAACAUCAUUGCCAAUGUGGAGCCAGGAGCAUUUAACAAUCUCUUUAACCUACGUUCCCUCCGCCUAAAAGGCAAUCGCUUGAAGUUGGUCCCAUUGGGGGUAUUCACAGGGCUAUCCAACCUCACCAAGCUUGACAUUAGUGAGAAUAAGAUUGUCAUUUUACUGGACUACAUGUUCCAGGAUCUGCAUAACCUGAAGUCUCUGGAAGUGGGGGACAAUGAUUUGGUUUAUAUAUCACACAGGGCCUUCAGUGGGCUGCUUAGCUUGGAGCAACUCACCCUGGAGAAAUGCAACCUAACAGCAGUACCAACAGAAGCCCUCUCCCACCUCCGCAGCCUCAUCAGCCUGCAUCUGAAGCAUCUCAAUAUCAACAAUAUGCCCGUGUAUGCCUUUAAAAGGUUGUUCCACCUGAAACACCUAGAGAUUGACUAUUGGCCUUUAUUGGAUACCAUGCCUGCCAAUAGCCUAUAUGGUCUCAACCUCACAUCCCUCUCGAUCACCAAUACCAAUCUGUCCACUGUACCCUUCCUUGCCUUUAAACACCUGGUCUAUCUGACCCACCUUAAUCUCUCCUACAAUCCCAUCAGCACUAUUGAAGCAGGCAUGUUCUCUGACCUGAUCCGCCUUCAGGAGCUUCAUAUAGUGGGGGCCCAGCUCCGCACCAUUGAGCCUCACUCCUUCCAAGGGCUCCGCUUCCUUCGCGUGCUCAACGUGUCUCAGAACCUACUGGAAACUUUGGAAGAAAAUGUAUUUUCUUCCCCUAGGGCUUUGGAGGUCCUGAGCAUUAACAACAACCCCCUGGCCUGUGACUGCCGCCUCCUCUGGAUCCUGCAGCGGCAUCCUACUCUGCAGUUCGGUGGCCAGCAGCCCAUGUGUGCUGGCCCAGACACCAUUCGUGAGAGGUCAUUCAAGGACUUCCAUAGCACUGCCCUUUCUUUUUACUUUACCUGCAAAAAACCCAGAAUCCGUGAAAAGAAGUUGCAACAUCUGCUAGUGGAUGAAGGGCAGACGGUCCAGCUAGAAUGCAACGCUGAUGGAGACCCUCAGCCUGUGAUUUCCUGGGUGACCCCUCGAAGACGUUUUAUCACCACCAAGUCCAAUGGAAGAGCCACUGUGUUGGGUGAUGGCACCUUGGAAAUUCGCUUUGCCCAGGAUCAAGACAGUGGGAUGUAUGUUUGCAUCGCUAGCAAUGCUGCUGGGAACGACACCUUCACAGCCUCCUUAACUGUAAAAGGAUUCACUUCAGACCGCUUCCUUUAUGCGAACAGGACCCCUAUGUACAUGACCGACUCCAAUGACACCAUUUCCAAUGGCACCAAUGCCAACACUUUUUCCCUGGACCUUAAAACAAUACUGGUGUCUACAGCCAUGGGUUGUUUCACAUUCCUGGGAGUGGUUUUAUUUUGUUUUCUCCUCCUUUUUGUGUGGAGCCGAGGGAAAGGCAAGCACAAAAACAGCAUUGACCUUGAGUAUGUGCCCCGAAAAAACAAUGGUGCUGUUGUGGAAGGGGAGGUGGCUGGACCCAGGCGGUUCAACAUGAAAAUGAUUUGAGGGUCUACCACUCACAUUAUUGUUUCUGUGUCAUUGUUGGUACAGUAAGACAGCCGGCACAGUAAAUUACUAGAUUAAAAGGCAGCUUAGUGCAGCUGCCCCUGUGUCAAAGCAGGGUCCACGAAAGCAGGAGGACAUCUUAUGGAGACUCUCCACCUAAAGGCAGGCAGGCACGUGUCAGAGCCCUUCACACAGUGGGAUACUAAUUGUUUGCAUUGCAAAUAUUGGCAUUCUGGGGAUCUCAGUAAUGAACCUGAACCUUUGGCUCAUGCUCACGGAGAGUUAUUCAACAUUUUCUACCACUGCAAAAACAAAAGAAAAAAUAAAAAGGAAGAACCUACAAUGUAGGAUUUACAUAUUAAAAAGACACAUUUGUCUAAAACAUAUUCUACAGUAAAAUUUGUAUCUAUGAUUACCAUUUGUUAAAGCCUUGCAUCAUACCAUAUUGUUGGUUCAACACCACAAAGAAAUCAAUAUAUUCUUUACUCUUUUUUUCUUUUUGGAAACAUAUAUGCUGUAUAUGUUUUAAAGCAAUAUGAAUGAGAGGUUAUGCUUUUAGUUACUCACCACUAUAGAUCCACGUGUGUUUUCACCUUCCUUUACAUACAGAUAACCUGAGACUAGAUCCCUGGAGUUCUGGGCGGAGAUAUGUUGAAAGAUGCGUUUGUCUGAUGUAGGAUGCCGAGAAACAGGACCCAAGGCAAAACUGCUCAACUGUGUUGACUUCUGUUACUAUAAAUAAAGGCAUGUGCCUAGUUUUGAUACAGAAUGGAAUAUUUUUUAUACUUGUAACAUCACACUGGACCAGUUUACUGUAACAAAGCCCUUGGUUUCUCCAGAAGGUGGUGUACCACUAGUUGUACCUGUAAAAUGCAAGGUAGGUGUUAAAAAUGAAAGUGAUCCGUUUAACCGCAACUUGAUUUAACUUGCGUCAGUUGCUACU